CUUCCUUCCUCUUCUGGGCAUAAAAACAGAGCACAGAGAACCACCAGCAGCUCCGACCUGAGCAGCCUUCCUGGGAAGAUGCAGCCCCCCCUGCUCGUGCUCCUGCUGGCCUUUUUCCUGCUCCCCUCGGCAGAGGCAGGUGAGGGACAUGAAGCCAAGUUCCACUCCCGCCCCUACAUGGCCUUUCUUCGCAUUAAAGAUAAGAAGGAGUUCCUGUGUGGCGGUGUCCUUGUGGAAAAGAACUAUGUUCUGACAGCUGCUCACUGCAAUGGAAGGUUAAUCAAUGUCACCCUGGGGGCCCAUAACAUUAAAAAGGAGAAGGAGGAGAAAACCUGGCAGGUCAUGCUGGUAAAAAACGCCUUCCCCCACCCAGACUAUAAUUCAAAAAGUUAUUCCAACGACAUCAUGUUACUACAGCUGGAGAAAAACAUCAAGCAAACUGAUACUGUGAAGCCACUCCGACUGCCCAGGGGCAAGAACAAGUUGAAACCUGGACAGAAGUGCACUGUGGCUGGUUGGGGGAUGGUCACCACAUGGGGCAAAUACCCAGACACUCUGCAGGAGGUACAGCUGACCUUGCAGAACGAUGAGCAGUGUGAAAGCCAUUAUAACUUACGCCAUUAUUACAACAGGACCAUUCAACUGUGUGUGGGGGACCCAUCAGAAGAUAAAGCUUUCUUCCAGGGGGACUCCGGGGGGCCUCUCCUGUGUAGAAAUGAGAUCCAGGGCAUUGUCUCCUAUGGACCCGAAGAUGGGACACCGCCACGAGUCUUCACCAAAGUUGCCAGUUUCCUUCCCUGGAUAAAGAAAACCAUGAAAAGCCUCCAACCGCAGGACCCAGACGAUCUUCUCUGGAGCUAAUCCAGGACCACACUGUGGGGAGGGAGGUGGU